UGAAGUUAGCAAAUUCUGCAUCGCAAGAGAAGCAUGGGUACCUCAAGAUACGAUCGCGCUAUUACCGUUUUUUCACCUGAUGGACAUUUGUUCCAGGUGGAAUAUGCACAAGAAGCCGUCAAGAAAGGAUCCACUGCGGUGGGUGUUCGAGGACAGGAUAUUGUUGUCCUAGGUGUGGAGAAGAAAGCUGUUGCUAAACUACAGGAAGACAGAACUGUGAGGAAAAUUGCCCUCCUAGAUGACCAUGUCGCCAUGGCUUUUGCAGGUCUUACAGCAGAUGCUAGAAUUCUAAUAAAUCGAGCGCGAAUAGAAUGUCAAAGUCAUAAGUUAACAGUGGAGGAUCCUGUUACCCUGGAGUACAUAACAAGAUAUAUUGCCCAAUUAAAACAGAAAUACACACAGAGUAAUGGUCGACGCCCGUUUGGCUUGUCAGCGUUGUUGGUAGGAUUUGACUACGACGGCACUCCCCACCUCUACCAGACAGAUCCUUCAGGCACCUAUCAUGAGUGGAAGGCCAAUGCUAUUGGACGUAGUGCUAAGACGGUCAGAGAGUACCUGGAGAAACAUUACACUGAUGAAAUCAAGACCAAUGUAGAAGAGUGUAUUAAACUAGCCCUGAAGGCUCUGCUAGAGGUAGUCCAGUCUGGCGGCAAGAACAUGGAGUUAGCCAUCAUGAGGAGAAAUGAACCUCUCAAGAUGAUGGAACCUGAUGAGAUCGAGAAGUUCAUCGCCAUUAUUGAGAAAGAGAAGGAAGAGGAGGCUGAGAAGAAGAAGCAGAAGAAAUGAUAACAUUGUAUUGGUAGUCCAUGAAGGACAGGGUUAGAUUAUGUACUGUACAGCGCAGUGAUCUGUCAGUUGUCCUGUAUCAGUACUGGUACAGGUCUGACUAGGCCGUAGGAUGACGUGGUCCAGUGAUUGUGUACAUCAGAUUUUCAUGGAUGGUUUUCAUGCUUUUGUUAUCACUCAUGAAGCGGACCAUCACGUCAGCCAUCAUCACUAUAAAGACAGCAUCAUCCUUGUUUGUCCUCUCACAUUCUGUAUUUAAUAAACAUGAACAGUUUAGACAAAAUAAUGGCCAUUUUGGACUUUUUCAGUGUAUAGAAUAAGUACAUGGUACAUGUAAAUGGUUUGACUACAAUAAAU